CAUUCGGCAAGCGAACGAAGUCGGUUCGGCUCCACUUACAAUUUACAUUUGGCGUUAACAGGCCGCCUAGCUUCAUUUGAAAGUUUAACAAGUCGGCGACGCUUCGUCAUCUAUUUCUGUGUAUGUGUAUGUGUGUGUGUGUCUAUGUUAUCGUUUGCUGUGACUUGCAAAUAAAAUUUGACUACUGCUAACAGUUAUCUCUCUCUCUCUCUCUCUGUCGCACACACAUUUACACAGUGCAAGUGAUUUUAUUGAGAGAAUUGUGUAUUAAAAUAAGGAAAAAGAAAACUAAAAGAAAAUACUAAAAUGAUGGUGCUACAGCAACAGCAACGUUUGUGGGAAGCCACCAAAGCAACAACAACAACAGAAGCAACAACAACAGCAACAGGCGCUGCUGCAACAGCAACAACAAUAACAACAAAAUCGGAAGCAGAAUUGGAUUUGAAUAAUGCGGCCAAAACACACACAUUUAUGCGACACAUGUCAAACUCACCGACACCGCCAUCUCCGCUGCGAUCCCUGUCAGAUUGCGGCAAGAGUUACGAGGAGGAGGAGGAGCUCGAGGCAGAGCUGGCGGAGGUGCAUUGCGAGACGCCGCAGAAUUUGAGCAGCAAACGCAGAACACAAGUGGAGGCAAGGGAGGAGGCAGCGGAGGCUGGAGCGAAUGAGGUAUUAAAUCUGGCACGAAGCAAUGGACAUGAGGAGGAGGAGGCGGAGGAGGAGUUGGAGUUGGAGGAGCCGCCCAAGAAACGACAGGCGCUGCACGAGGAGGCGCCACCAGCAGCACCAUCAACGGUGGCAACACACGCUCUCGCCUUUGCCGCCGAGGAUAUGCAACACGCGUUGCAGUUGCAGUUGCACAGCUACAUUGAAAUGGUGCGUCAACUGGCGCCGGAUGCAUUUCCCAAUCCCAAUCUGGCCACACAAUUUCUGUUGCAGAACUCGCUGCAGGCGCUGGCACAAUUCCAGGCGUUGCAACAACUCAAGCAGCAGCCAGCUACGUGUGAGGCAACCACAAUGCCAGCGAGUCGCCACUAUUCAACGCCGCUGAGCAAAUCUCCGCUGCGCAGUCCCUCCCUGAGUCCAGUGCAACAUCAGCAGCAGCAGCAGCGAACGCCGCCCAAUUCACUGGGCGGAUUGGGUUUGAGCAGCGCUGCCAUGACACCAAAUACACCAAGCAUGCAACAGCUGCAGCAAGCGACUGCCUCGAGUACGCCUAAGCCUUUGUCUGGGGGCGCCACAGUUGCCGCUGUGAUGGCCACCAAACUGGAGCAAUCGCCCGAGGAGACCACCGAUCUGGAGGAGCUCGAACAGUUCGCCAAGACCUUCAAGCAGCGUCGCAUUAAAUUGGGUUUCACCCAGGGCGAUGUGGGUCUGGCCAUGGGCAAACUGUACGGCAAUGAUUUCUCCCAGACAACAAUCUCUCGCUUCGAGGCACUCAAUCUGAGUUUCAAGAACAUGUGCAAGCUGAAGCCACUGCUCCAAAAGUGGCUCGAGGAUGCGGAUUCGGGUGUGGCCAAGUCGGGUGGCGGCGUCUUCAACAUCAACUCGAUGACGAGCAAUUUGAGCAGCACGCCAGAGAGCAUUUUGGGACGCAGGCGCAAGAAACGCACCUCGAUUGAGACAACGAUCCGCGGUGCUUUGGAGCAGGCCUUCAUGAUGAACUGCAAACCCACCUCGGAGGAGAUUAAUCAGUUGUCGGAACGCCUCCACAUGGAUAAGGAAGUGGUGCGUGUGUGGUUCUGCAAUCGCCGGCAGAAGGAGAAGCGCAUUAAUCCCUCGCUGGACUUGGAUAGUCCAACGGGUACUCCUCUCAGUAGUCAUGCCUUUGGCUAUCCACCGCAAACCCUCAACAUGUCCAAUGGUCAGUUGUUGCUCCACGAGGCGGGGGGAUCGCUGUGUGGCAGCUCUGUCAGCUCGGGGGAAUAAUGUCCACCCAACUGUACAAUCAGCUCUUCUGUAUAUAAUAUAUAUAGCAAAACUUAGCUCCAGAACUUCCAAAAACAUUCCAAAAAAAACCAAGAAAAGAAAAAGAAAAAAGGAAAAAAGAAAUCCCAUAAAAAACUGCAUAUCGUAAAGCCCGCUCCCCACUCUAGGUGAUAUAGACAGUCGUAUCAAGAAGCAUUCCAUAACGAAUUUACAAGAAAUACAUAUAUACAGCAUACACACUAUAUAUACUACUACUACUAUAUAUAUAUAUACAAUUUCAGAUCCCAAGUUCCUAGCUAUACGAAUAUAUAAAUAUUUAUAACUAGCCAUAACUGUUGUGUCCUGUAUAUGUGUACAUGUAUUGUGUAUUGUGUAUCUCUUCAGCAUGCCAAUCUAUCAAGUAUCUAUAUAUAUAACACACAUAUAUAUACCCUAUACCCCAUACCCUAUACCCCUAUACCAUUAUAUAUAAUAUUACAUGUUAGACUCCAAUGUAACAUACUACCUAUGUAUUUGUAUACUAUAUUAUAAUGCUAAAGAUAUUGUUGUACAAUGUCCAAUUGUAAAUUGAUCUUAACUCUUAGAUCUAACAAAACAAACAAACAAAAACACAACAACAAAAAACACACACACACAAAACAAAUUUCAAUAAAAAUUAUUUAAAA